AUGUCUGGCGACACAUCGACAUCCUUGCCUGAACCGGUACAACAGACGCUUCGCCGCCACGCGAGCGCAAUCCACUAUGCCCUCCGCCACCUCCCCCCGAAGGCCACCACUCCACGGGAUGUUUUGCAGCGGUGGGAAGACGGCUUGAAGAGUGCGGUGCAGGCAAUCAGUGAGAUAUAUCCCGACCAUCACGCGAAUAUCACCAUUCUGCCGAAGCUUGUACUCGGCGCGCUAUACGAGUACGACUACGCCGGCUUCGUGGCCGAACAAGGUGUGCCAUACGUUCCCAAUCCUUGGAACGUCCGGGCGUUCGGGAAGGAGGAUCCCCGGGAGGAAGGCUUUCCCUUCAGCUACCCCAUUUCCGGCGAUGACGACUGGAAGAUCGGCUUCGUGCCCCUGAAGGACCUACAAGAUGGUUGGGUUUUCGAAUGGAAAAGCGGAAAGGAGACGCGAGAUGCUGCCGUCCUCGACUCACAAUUGGGUUGCAGUGGGGACGAUAUCAAGGAUGCGCCGCCGCCAUCUGCUGCGGAGCAGCUGGAGAAGCGUCGACGGGCGAAGGGGAAAUCCGUGGCACGGUCCCCACAACCCAGUGGCUCAGGUGGAGACGACGGUAGCCACGUCCAGGAUGUCGUCAAGCGGGGACGCACCCCUGGGCGUGAUGGCCAGGCGAAAAGGCCUGCGCGUGCCCAGCAGUUGGACUACGUGUCUCCCCCCGACACCAACAAGAAGCGCAAACGGCGUGGUGCAGAGAGCGACGUUCCUAUCAGCCAAUUCAAGACAUACUACCCGCUGGCGACGCUGCCGCAGGAUAUGAAAUGCGGCCCCUGCAAGCGGCAUGGAACACAUGUCAGUUUUGGCCUCUGGGGGCACGGCAUAUGUUGCGCCAGGGAUCCGGAAUGGAACCCCAACGACAGGAACAAGCCGAAGGGGCGGCUCUACAACGACAGCGAUGACGAGGAGGGCUUUUUUGAAACCGAAGAAGAAUGGCUGGAGCAGCUGCGUAAAGCGAACGAACCGCAGGGCGAAAAUGCUGGUAUGGAAGACAUUGCGCAGCCGCCGCGCCCUCGCAAACGGGCGCGAAUCCGCAGCCCGGAUGUGGAGAGCGAAGAAGAUAUGGAGGCGGAGAGCGCGCUGCCAGGACCCUCCGUAGCAAGGUACAACAUUCCAUCUCGAGUCCCAGGACGCGAUUUCUUCGCGAUUCCAGAGUCCACCCUGCCCUCUGUCGACGGGCACAAGCGUUGGGAAGGCAGAGCAGCAUCGCGGCCAGCGACCAUGGCCGACUUGGAGGCGAUUCGCACUGAGAUUGCCAACAACAGCGAGCUGGUGCGACGCACACUUGCACAGAACCAGGGGCUUCAAGAGGACGUUGCCGCGUUGACUGCCAGAGUCCUAGAGCUAGAGCAAGUCAACCAUACACUGAUGACGGCGCCGACGCUUCUCUCGCCUUUCGUGUUCGAUGCGACGGCGGACUUCAACGAACCGCCCCCCUCCACCCCCAUUUUAUGA